UGCAUGCCAAAACAUCUACCGCUGAUGAAGACCCAAAAUGUCUGGAUUCUAGUGUCCUGUACGACAGUUACUGAGGGUGAAGACAAUAAUGUUAAUGACGUCUCAGACUUCUGCGGAUUUUGACAAGGAGCCGUCAACAUCAACAGCAUCGACAUCAAGCAAAAUCACUUGUCUGUUUUGCGAUCGCACGCAAAAAAGAUGUGGGAGGCAAUUACUUAAUCUAAUAUUUCCUCGAAGUGAAAAAUUGCCAUUACAAAAAAAUAUGGCUGAAAAUUUUGGUGAUUCAGAGAUCCUCUCGAAACUUCAACAUCAAACUGUUGCGUACCAUCAGUAUUGUCACGCAGUGUAUCAAACAAAAGAGAAGCGGUCCACCGAAGAAUCUACCGAUUCCAGUUAUGUCAAAUAUAGACAACUGAAUAAAUUAGCUUCUGAAUCCUUAUCAAAUUUCAUUACAAUACAAAAAAUAGAAAACAACAAGGUUGUGUACUUCGCGGAUACGAGGAUUAUUUUUCACGCUUAUAAAGCGGCACCAGGCUCAAGAAUUUUAAUAAAAGCCUCUGAUACUGAUGUUUUGAUUAUUUUGUUGGGAAAUAUGCACGAAAUUUCGAAAUCUGAAAUUUGGCUAGCCAAUUCAGCAACAAAGAAAGACAAAUAACCAAAAUCUUGAUUGCAUUAAUUGCACCAAUUUAGCGUUGAAGUUGGGAUCCAAAUUAUGCCGAAGUCUACCCGCUUUCCAUGCAUUUACAGGUUGCGAUUACACGGCAGCAUUUUACAAUAAAGGAAAAGUAAAACCUUUUAAGUUAUUUUUGAAAAAUGAAAGGUACCAAACAGUUUUUGCGUUAUUAACUGAUGAUGCCGAAAUUUUCAAAGACGAAAAAAU